GCGAUAACGUCCGCUCGACCUUUCUCCGCGCGUUUCGCUCGCAGCCGCCCAGCCGCCGCCGUGUCAGUUGUUCGUGCGUUCUCAACCCGUUCCGCAGUGUACCGUGCGGGUUCUCGCUUAGUGUUGUGCGAUUAUCGCGUUCGUCGUUGUCAUUGCAAUUUUUUUCGUCGAAACUAUUAUGCUCGCCGGCGAUCGUCCGUGGUGAAUUGAAACCGUAGUUCUGAUAUAUUGUCAUCAUCGUCAUCAUCAUGUCGUCAUCGUCGUCGCCUCCGUGGCUGCUGCAAAAAUUAUUCGGCGAUCCAGUCGUGCCCUGCAUAGGUGGAAGAGUAAAACUGACUGACGUUAACCGUCAACUAAUUUGCGUCUUGUGCCGUGGAUAUUUGGUAGACGCUACUUCCAUCGUCGAAUGUCUUCAUUCUUUUUGUCGGAGCUGCAUUGUGCUGCAUUUGGAUAAGAAUAAUUUUUGUCCUAUAUGCCGAGAAGAUAUUCAAAACAGCAAAGUUCUCAAGCCUGAUAAAGCAUUACAAGACAUCGUGUACAAAUUAGUCCCUGGGCUAUAUCAUUCAGAAAUGAAACGUAGACAAGAAUUUUAUCAAAAACACCCUCACAGAGACAUGCAUUUACAACCGGAAUGUCGGGGUGUUAGCGUGGAUCGAAUCGUAUACACUGCUGAUGAAUUAAUUAGCCUCUCAUUGGAAUAUUACGAUAAAGAAUGUGAACAAGAAAUGUGGAAAAACGUCACAGAUGACAAAGGAUUACAAUACAAAGUGAGAACCGACAAGCCACAAAGAUGUAUUGUGAGGAAACGGUAUUUGAAGUGUCCUGCAGCUGUUAGAAUGUCGCACCUCAAAAAAUUUAUUCGACUGAAGUAUAACCUAAAACCUUGGGACAAGGUUGAAUUACUGUACAGAAGAGAAAGCCUUCCUGAAGAAUACUCGAUAAUGGAUAUCGCGUAUAUUUACACUUGGAACAGAAAUGAACCUAUGCGAUUCUUUUACAAGAUUAAUGCUCGUAUGAUGGUGCCCGUAAUGUUGUCUACAGAUAAAUGUAGUACAUCAUUAACAGAUGUCAUAACCACAGAAUCCGUAUUAUCACCUGUAACUAAUACUGCCGUGGGAACGACACCAUUGUCAUCACAAACUAAUGGGUCGGAUCUUACUUUGACUGUCGAAACGACAGAAGAAGAUAAGAGAAAAACUAUACCACAACUUUUGAAAGUAUCUAUUACUGAAGAACCGACAUUAAUUGAGGGAGAACAAAAGUCCAAGCCAGAAUCAAGUCUAAACGAAUUAGCGCAGAUAAACGCAAAAACCGAUUUAUCAAAAAAAGAUAGUCGAUCGUCUUCUCCUCCAGCAAUAGUACCACUAAACCCUCCCAUAUCGCCGGAAGGUAGUUCGAGGAAAGAAAAUGUUUCAGACAACGUGAGGAACAAUUGUGCAAAUGAACUAUCGAAACCAAACUCCACAAUGAAUAUGACGAAAGAAGAUGAUAAAUCUGUCGAUAUUGUUGAACAUCAGCAAACCGGCAGUACAACUUCCGAAAUACCGAUGAAGAAGUUGGAAAAAUUAGUUGAUCAGCAACAAAUGUCGCCGAUUGCUGUUCCUAGUAAUCCUCCGCCGUCUGCUCUGCCAUUGCCAAAGAAACAUACUGGUGUCGGAGAAUCCAAGCUCAAUCUGUCCAUCACGAAACUAAUCAUGAAAAACAAAAAUGCAUCCGCUGCUGCCAAAUUCGUCCCUACUCUACAGCAGAUGCAACAGAUCGGUAUGCAUACAUCCAUACCUAGUUUUCAACAACCACAGCAGCAACAAUCUUCGUCUGUACAACCGAACGCCUAUGUCCGUCCCGGAUUUCCCGGUAUGCAUCCAUUCAAAAGAACUCCAGACGCGGUGCCUGUUCGGAGUCAAUCGUCCACCAAUCGCCCACCUUUUAUACCAGUGCGCAAGUCCUACGAGUGGAAUAAGGCGAGAAAUUUGGCGGCCAAACCAUUACCAUCACCUGUAACGAAUGCUGUGAAAGACAAUAAAAUGAAUGAGAAGUCUGCGAUGGUGAUCGAAAAUCAGACCAAAAAAUCGAUUGCUGAUAAACCUCCUGCCGUCAAUAGUUGUAUGUCGUCGAAAAAUUCGGACGAAAUGAACGCUGCGCAAAGUCUCUUAAAAGUUGGCCAAGAUCUGCGGCUCUUAAAACCGCCGACUGUUACCGACUUGCAUGACAAGUACAACUGUGAAUCGUCGCUACAGAUCACCAAAGUCACUGAGCCAGAGACUAAUCAACUGCCAGCCUCGCACGAAAAUCACUCGAACUCUCAGCCGAGUCUACAGAUAAUGCGAGUACCAACGGCCGCAGAGAAGUUAGCGAAACCUGCAAUAACUACAGAAACUGUUACCAGUAACAACAGUGGUAAUACCGCGGUAGUGCCAAGCAAACCGGUGAACAAGAAACCCGUACCAAACCUGUACAGUAUGCCAACAAAACGGAUGAAGGAAGACCCACAUAUGCAACACAACAAUGUUAUAGAUAACAAUCGUAUAGAAAGACGCGUGGAUACGGAAAAUGGCGUUUUAAGUGUGUCGCUCUUGACCGAGACUUCAAAGCAAGACAUGGACGCCAAGCGUCGUGAAGUCGUGCAACCGGACGUGUCCAUCAAGCUUAUGACGUUCGCUACCGAUUCGGUGAAAAAGGCGCCGGAACUAAGUCCAAUUGGUAGCGUUGGCUGUAACAACAAAAAGAAAUCAGAUGAAUUAAGUCCCAUCGCUGGCAGUGGUGCUAACAACAAAAGGAAAUUGGAUGAAUUAAAUCCUAUCGCUGGCGGUGGUGGUAACAAUAAGAGGAAAUUGGAUGAAUCAAAUCCUAUCGUUGAUAGUUGCACUACCAACAAGAGAAAAUUGGAUGAAUUGAAUCCCAUCGUUGGCAAUGGUGCUAACAAUAAGAGGAAAUUUGAUGAAGCGAGUCCCAUCGUUGGCGGUAGUAUCAACAAAAGGAAACAAGAAGACCCCGAACGGAAGGUGACGCCUCCGAGACUGGGACUUAAUAAGGAUGACGUACCACAGUUAAUCGAGAUCAACUCGUCGCCUUAUGCUAAACUGUUACCUACUAAAAAACAGCAACCAACCUCGAAACAGCUACAGUCAUCGAAACAGCAACCUAUUACAAAACAGCAAACGGUCAUGAAACAGCAACCUACCUCAAAACUUCAACCAGUGACUAAAGUUUUGGACUUGUCCAAGUCUCCACCAAAUGGCGUAAAAAAAUUAGCGACUACCGACGUUUCGGGCAAUUGUUCUUUACCCAACUCAAAAAAAUCAACCAGUCCUGGGCAAAUGGUACAGCCGACAAUGUCCUCAACUGCUUCGGCAGCCAUCAACUCUAACCUGUUGUUCGCGGCCCAGAGACAGGCUGCCGCAUUCCUAUUGAAACAACAUUUCGAAACAUUAAACAAUGGACUAAUGCGUAACGGUGGCAAAGGACCCGUAGAAUGGCCUCGAGCUAUGUUUAAUCCCGCAUUGUUUGCCAGGCCACCUACUAACCUAAACAAUUGAACGGGGACCUUUUAUGAGUUAUUAUUAUUAUUACUAUUGCUAUCGUUUCUUCAUCAUCUUCAUUUUAUUUUUUAAUAUUGCGUAGUGUAUCUUUAGUUAGUUUAGUUAUUACUUAUAUUAUUGAUUAGUAGUUAUUAUUUAAUGUUAGUUUAUACAAUAUGUUCAAAAUGAAUUAUUAUUUUUUUAUUCGUUAUUACUAAUAUUUAAUUCCUUUUUUUGUUAACGAGUUCGGUAUAUGUUAUGUCAAAGCUCAAAUGUAAAAUUCUUUUUUUUCAUGUAUAUAAACUGUACAAACAAGACACACAUGUGAAAAAAUGAUGAUGGCACUACAUCAUUAUGCUAUUAUAUUUACACUAUUAUAUUAAUAGCAGACUGGUACCCUAUAUUUAUCGCAUUAUAUAUUUUUAUAAUAUGUACAUUUACAAAUAACACACUAUAUGUUGCUUAAACAAUAACAAUAUUGUAUAGCAAUGAUAUUUAUUAUUAUAAUAUUUUGUAUAAAACAAUAAACCGAGCUAUAUAUUAUUAUA